UACUCAUUUCAAGUCCGAUCAGCUUUUUGGUGAUCAAAUCAGAUUUCUCCUACCUGCGACACCUGUUGCUGCAACAUAAUGCUGCAGUUAAUAUUCAUAGUUAUCGUAGGCCUUUGCUUGGGUAAUGUGUCUGCCCAGGAGUUGCGGCGUGUGGACGACACCGAGUUGAUUCAACUCCUAACCGGCGAAAGCAACGUUGUGGUUUUGUUCAACACCAACAAAAACAAUUGCAAGCGCUGCUUGGAGUACGAAAAUGUGGUCUCGAAGAUACAUCCACAACUGAAGGAGACCCUAUCCGCCAUAGUUGUCCAGUCAGUGGACAGCAACCUGGUGUCCAUCUACGAUCCCAGCAAGGAGCCCGCACUAGUGUUCUUCAGACGCGGAAUUCCCAUCCUUUAUCACGGCGAGGUGAACGAGGACGAGAUACUGGACUUUUUCAACGACAACCUCGAGCCAGCGGUUAAAGAGCUAUCCGAUGACAACUUCGAGCAUCUCACACAGGCCUCGACGGGGGCAACUACCGGGGACUGGUUUGUCUUCUUCUAUUCCGCCGAGUGUACCGUCUGUCAGCGACUCUAUGCCGUCUGGGAGUCCGUGGGCGGAAAGCUCAAGCGAAAGCUGAACAUCGCUCGGAUGAACAGCUUGGAGUCUGGCAUCUCCACGGCUAAGAGACUAGGUGCCUUGGAAUCCCCUGCUUUUAUUUUCUUGAGGCAGGGCAAAAUGUACAGGUACAUGGCCAAGCAGUACACGCCGGAAGCCUUUGUCCAGUUCGCUGAGAAGGGAUAUCUCACACAGAGCCAUCCGCAGCCAGUGCCGGAGAUACCGAGCGCCGUAAACGACUUUUUGGGUCCACUUCAAAGUUAUUUCAAAGCUGAAAACAUCCAAUCUCUGGCGGCUGUGGGAAUUGUCUCAUUGGUCGUCGUUCUAUAUCUUGCUAAAAAAUUAACGAAACUGUUUAGUUCCGAAGCAGCAGCGAAAACUAAAAAUAAGUCCAAGUAAACAUAUUUACAAAAA